AUGGCUGGAGUCAAGGCCAACAGUAAUACGGAUCGGAUAAGGGAAUUAAAAGCAUUCGACGAAACAAAAGGUGGUGUGAAGGGACUGCUUGAUGCAGGCAUUACAAAACUCCCAUCUAUUUUUCACUCCAAGCAACUGAGCGAUGAUGAAUGGAAGGUGGCAAGUGAUGAUGUCCAAUUGAGUAUUCCAAUCAUUAACCUAAAAAACAUCCAUAAUGACUCAGUUUUGCGAGCUGAAGUAAUUGAGAAAGUUCGAUAUGCAAGUGAGAAAUGGGGUUUCUUUGCGGUGAUCAAUCAUGGAAUUUCUGAUGAUGUUUUAGAUAGGAUGAUUGACGGAAUGCGUAGGUUCCAUGAGCGGGACACUGAGCUGAAGAAAAAGUUGUAUUCCCGUGAGAGUGGGAAGGUUCUUUAUUCCUCCAAUUAUGAUUUGUACCAUGCUCAAGAAGCUAAUUGGAGGGAUACGUUUUCCUGUUAUAUGGCUCCUAAUCCACCAACGCCAGAAGAGGUGCCUUCAGUGUGCAGAGAAAUAGUGAUAGAGUACUCGGAGAAAGUGAUGAAAUUGGCACAUACUUUGUUUGAGUUGUUUUCUGAGGCUCUUGGGCUUAAUCCAAACAAACUGAAAGACAUGGGUUGCGCUGAGGGGCAACUUCUUCUUGGUCACUACUACCCAGCAUGCCCUGAACCAAAAUUAACUUUGGGCACUAGCAAGCACACUGAUGGCACCUUCAUCUCCGUACUUUUACAAGACCAAAUUGGUGGCCUCCAAGUUUUAUAUGAUAAUCAAUGGGUUAAUGUUCCUCCAAAGAAAGGAGCUCUAGUUAUCAACAUUGGUGACCUUCUGCAGCUCAUCACGAAUGGCAGAUUCAUUAGUGUCUAUCACAGAGUUAUAGCGCAGAAGGUGGGACCAAGAAUUUCAGUGCCAAUCUUUUUCAGGCCAUAUGUUCAGGGAGGAAAAUCAAAUGCUUCUGGACCAAUCAAGGAGUUGUUAUCAGACGGAAAUCCCCAAAUCUACAAAGAAGUUGAUUUCAAAGAUUAUUUGAAUCACUACCUCACGAAAGGGAUAGAUUUUGUCUCCCCUUUAGUGAAAUUCAAGCUGCGAAGAAAUUUAUCCCCAUUAAGUUCUCAUCUGUUAAUGAAUAAGCCUGUUAGGCAUGCUGAACUUGAGUAG